GGCUGCAGCGGCAGCCCGGACUGGAGGAAGUGUGCAGGGGGGCUGAGCAGCAGCAGCAGCGACGGUUCAGAAACGGAGCAAAACGCUUCCAUUUUAUCACCGACAGCCACAGAAAAGGCCGAGGAGAGCACCAGGUCCAGCUGAGAGCACAUUCCUGCAGAGGAAAAUGAGCCUCCCAGCCUGCACUAAGCCUGUAUGACGGGCUGAGGGCUCUUUGAUCAGGACUUUACCCCAACUCUUUCUGUCUCUGCAGCUCUGACUGACAAAGAGGACAGGAAAAAAAAGAAGAAUCAAAGUUUUUUUUUAAAGGAAGUCCCAAGAAUCAGGAUGGAGGAGGGAUAUGAACUCGACCUGACGUACAUCACAGAGCGCAUCAUCGCGGUGUCCUUCCCCCGGGGGUGCACAGAGGAGAUCUACUCUCACAACCUGAAGGAUGUCACGCGAAUGCUCAAGUCCAAGCAUGCAGAUAAUUACCUGAUUAUCAACCUUUCAGAGAAAAGACAUGAUCUCACAAAAAUGAACCCUAAGACUCUAGAUACAGGCUGGCCGGACAUGCAUGCUCCACCUCUGGAUAAGAUCUGCACCAUCUGUAAGGCCAUGGAGAGCUGGCUUAAUGCUGACGCCCUUCAUGUGGCGGUUAUACACUGCAGGGGCGGCAAGGGUCGAAUCGGUGUCGUCAUCUCAUCCUUUGUGCAUUUCACUGACGUAUCAGCCAGUGCUGAUCAGGCGUUGGACCGCUUUGCGAUGAGGAAAUACUACGAUGAUAAGGUCUCAGCUCUGAUGACACCUUCGCAGAAACGGUACGUUUGGAUCCUCAACAGUCUUCUCAGUGGAUCCAUGAAGAUCAACGCCUCACCCUUGUUCCUGCACUGCGUCAUCCUUCACGGGAUCCCGAACUUCGACGCCACAGGAGUAUGUCGUCCAUACAUCAAGGUUUACCAGGGAAUGCAAGCUGUGUAUUCAUCUGGAAUCUAUCACAUCGGUCCAGGCCACAGAGACCGUGUAUGCAUCACCCUGGAGCCUGCCCAGCUUCUAAAAGGAGACAUCAUGAUUAAAUGCUAUCACAAGGGUGACGUAACAUCAGAGCGUGAAGUUAUUUUCCGGCUGCAGUUCCACACGGGAGCAGUGCAGGGCUACAACCUGAUGUUUGAAAAAGAGGACAUGGAGACUGCCAACAAAGAUCCCAGAUUUGCAGAUUAUGGUAAAGUGGAGCUGGUGUUCUCAGAGGGACCAGAGAAGAUCCCAGGUGCAGACAGGUGGCAAAAUGGGGCGGAUGUCAUUGUGGACUACAACACAGCAGAUCCUCUAAUCCGCUGGGACUCCUACCAGAACAUCUGUGACGGUGAAGCGCCACGCUCUCAAGGCCUAACCCAGGACAAAGCGGCUAACAAGAGGAGCCCCGGCGGGGGAGACGCGACGCUGGGCAGAGGGGCCCGCACGACCUCCGCCACUUCCAGCCCUGACCACAGCGACCACGCCCUCUCUGUCAGCAGUGACUCGGGCCUGUCUAGCACUUCUCUGUGGGCGGACCGACCAACACCUGUUCCUGUCACCUCCACUGCCACCAUCAGGCCUAACCAGGGCCCCAGCCAGCAGGAAAAGGUCCAACUGAAGCGCCUAUUAAGUGGCUUUGGUCUUGAGGACCCCUCAUUGGGGGAGAUGGGUGAUCAGGGCACCAGACUGGGCAUCCAGCAGGUAGUCCCAGCGCAAGUGCACAUCAAUGGAGACCCCAGACCCCGAGAAAGGGAAACGGACAUCCUGGACGAUGAGGUCAUAACAGGUCAUGAUCUGCACAGUGUGGACAGCUUAGGGACCUUGUCCUCCUCCUGCCACAAGAGCAGCCAGAACUCCCUGCUGUCAGAUGGUUUCGGGAGUCCUGGAGCAGAGGAGCAUCAAAGCCAACACCAUCUCCACCACCCUGCACCCCCUGCUAUGGAGGAGUAUGAGAGAGGCUAUGCUGAGGCUAGAAGGAGCUGCAUGAACUCCAGGAGCAAUUCCGUGGCCUCCGCUAAUCCCAGCAGUGCUCCCGUGCCCAAGCAGCACGUUUACAGACAGGGAAGCUACUCCACGCAGUCCUGGGUUCGCCAGCAGCAGAUGGUUGCCGCACAACAGUUUAUCUACAUGCCCGAGGAUGGAAACGACACAGAAAGAUACCCAGGGAGCAAGCAAGGGGGCAGUCCACCCAAAGCAGGUAUGCCCACUGAACCACAGGGCCCUACCAGGGACAUGAUGAAAGAUGCUCUGGGGAACACGGCGCCAUACAAGGAACAGGCGACGAUAAACAAUAACAACAACAACAAACGUGACGAGGAGUUCAAAUCUCUCACAAUGGACAUCGACAACUCCAUCGACCAGCUCAACCAGCUGAUCAUGGAUCUGGAUCCCUCAUUUGUGCCGGUAUCGAGCCAAGGGAGCAUCAAGAGGAACGGUGGGACGCACGUGAACGGCUCAGUCUCCAAAUGCUCGAACGGCAUCAAUCUCAGAUUCAACGAUAAUAACGCAGCAAGCCUGAAAAACACACAGCAGACAGCUGUCCAGUCCAGUGAGGGGCGGGUGGGUGUCACACGGAGUCUGAGUCGCCAAGGAAGUGAUGUCACGGAUCACCCGGGCUUCUGUAACUCAGGGUGGAGUGGGACCGAAGAGUACAGGGGUCAGCGGACGUACUCCCCCUGUGUGCCACAGUCCCCGCACCCCAUGUUGUACAGGACUGACAGUGCUGACUACAGAGCCCAGGGCCCAGACGCUGACAGCGGGGUCGAGGCCGGGUGUGAUAUGACUCCGCCCACUCCUGCCUUCCCCAUCUCCCCACCAACACCUUAUGUUAAAAGUAUGUCAGAAUUGACUCACUUCAGGCAAACACCGUCUCCAAGCAUGCAGUCUUAUGGAGGCUUCAGAACAGACCAAGAACCCCGGGGAUAUCCAGAGAUGAUCAGUCAUGUUGGAGUUGACGGUUUAUCAGACUCCUCCAUCAACUGCCACAGGACGCUAAGUGCUACACACUCUGCCUCUAUUGUUGGGACCCAUAAGUGGACAGACAGUUCAUCCACAAACCAGUCCUGGCCAGAGCAUCCCGUCCUGAGCCGCCACUCAUCUCUGAGCAGUUACCCCUCUACCAGACAACCGCCGCCACACUCCAUGUCACUGGACUAUGGCCACCACUCUCCUCCCCUGCACCACCCCCACAUCCACCCUGCUCCCAACGCCCACAGCUCACCCCGAAGCAGCCAGCGAAGUCGUAUGGCUCGCUACGCUCACAGCCACAGUCCUGCUCAAAGCUUCGAGGAGCAGGAUGACUCGGGUCUCGGCUACGGCAUGGACUGUCCAAACACCACCUCCAAUCUGCUGGGAAAUGGAGGCAUGGACAGGGAACUUUUGACCUCCAUGGACGGGCAGAGUCAGUUACAGCUGCCCCAGAUGCAGCCCCCACUUCUGCCAGAGAAGAAGAGGACGUCGGAUGGGGAACAUUCGCUGGGAACAGCGUCUCCAGCCCUCAGCGGGUUCUCGAGUCCUCACAGUGGGAGCUCCCUGAGUAUUCCCUUCCCCAACGUGUUGCCUGACCUCUCGGCUCAGACGCUGGGCACAGUCUCACCUCUGCCCGAUGUGCUGGCCGGCAAGCAGGUCACUGUAAAAUUUGUGCAGGACACAUCAAAAUUCUGGUACAAGCCAGAUAUCUCAAGGGAUCAAGCCAUCUCAGUCUUGAAGGACAAGGAGCCUGGUUGCUUCAUCGUGCGGGACAGUCAUUCCUUCAGAGGGGCUUAUGGACUGGCAAUGAAGGUGGCUACUCCACCACCUUCAGUUCUCCAACAGACCAAGAAAGGAGGCGAUCUGUCCAAUGAGUUAGUCCGCCACUUCCUGAUCGAGUGUACCCAGAAAGGAGUGCGGUUGAAGGGUUGCCCCAAUGAGCCAUACUUUGGAAGUUUAACUGCGUUGGUCUGCCAGCAUUCAAUCACCCCGCUGGCCCUGCCCUGCAAACUUAUCAUACCUGACAGAGAUCCUCUUGAAGAUGUUGUGGAGACUACCUCACAAUCAGUCACCAACUCUGCUGCUGAGCUGCUAAAACAGGGUGCAGCCUGUAAUGUGUGGUACCUGGGCUCUGUGGAGAUGGAGUCUCUAACAGGCGUCCAGGCGGUGCAGAAAGCCACCACAAUGUCUCUGAGCUCCAACCCCCCACCAACCUCCACUGUAGUUCACUUCAAGGUGUCGUCCCAAGGAAUCACGCUCACUGACAACCAGAGGAAGCUGUUCUUCAGGAGGCAUUACAAUGUCAAUACAGUCAUAUUUUGUGCGUUGGACCCUCAAGAUAGAAAGUGGAAAAAAGAGGGCUGCCCUUCAGCAAAGAUAUUUGGCUUUGUGGCGAGGAAAACUGGCACUUCCAUGGACAAUGUGUGUCACCUGUUUGCAGAGCAUGACCCUGAGCAGCCAGCAAGUGCUAUUGUCAACUUUGUUUCCAAGGUGAUGAUUGGCUCGCAGAAGAGUAAGUAGGCGUCGGACUGAGCCAAACACCUGGACAGACUUUAACUGAGAGUAGAAACAAGAAAUAAAGACUGAAAGGCUGAACAAAGGACAAAAUGUAAGGACUGAAGAUAAUGACGUUAACCUCGGAUAUUAACGGGAUGUUACAUACAUAAUGAUCACUUACCAGCAGGAUGUUUGAUUACAUCAGUCAGUAGAAAACUGUACUAUGCUGUCAUUUUUCUUUCCUGUAAAAUGAACUGUAAAGUAGCCAAGAGAGAAAAAAACAAAAUCAGAAGAAACAUAUAUCCACUACAGCUGUUGUGUCUUAUACAGUUAGUUAUUAUUUUAAGUACAUAAAACACAUAACACAAAGGCUGCUUUUUUAUUUGUAGUGUUUUUAUGGACAAAUCAAGACAAAUGUACCAUGUUGCAUGUUUUUUUUUCUAAUAUUUAACCAAAACAAACUUCAUUUAAGCUAUUUAAAUUGUAGUCAGUGCAGUAUUUUGUUGUGGAUUUUAGGAUGGUGGAAAAGGAGUGCAGCAAUUCUGUAUAAAUUGGACUUUGGGACAGGCUACAUAUCAUACAGGAUUUAUUUUAUUUUAUCUAUGCAAUGUAAAUGUUUAUUUUUUUAAACCACGGCUUUCUGUACAUGCGCAGCAUGAAUGUGGCUUUUCUGAACCUGUUAAAUAAUUUCCUUCUUAAGAUGUAUGUGAAUAUGACCACUUUCUAAGCGACAUUCUAAUGAAAUUGUGUGUGUGUCUGUGUGUGUGUGUGUGUGUGUGUGUGUGUGUGUGUGUUGAAAUGAGAGAAACCAUAGAAAAAUAUUUUAAUUAAACCCUAAUAUAUAUUCAUUUGACAUGAGUUGGUUAAAAACACAUCAGUACUUUGUUUAGAAGAUAGUGCAAGUGGCAUUCCACUCACAGCUGCCAAAUUUGACUUAAUUUUGCCCUCUUUUGAGGGUUUCAUGGCCACUACCAGCACUGCAGUGUUUCAAAAAAUAUCAGUAUCCUACAUUUUGUACGUUUUAUUUGAAUUUAAAAGAAGACAGGCUGCUAUAAGGAGCGAGUAAAUGCUGCAAUUGUGUUUGUGUUUUAAAGGUUUUUAGAAGAAAGAAAAGUGCUCAGUGCUGGCAUUGCACCAAUAAAUAUGGGAUUUGCUACCUUAGUCAUCUGUCAGUGACAUACACGGUAUACUUUUUUCUGGGACCAACAUAAAGCUAAAGCUGUUUAUUACUUCAGUCGAGUGCUUGUUGACGUUGUAUAUGAGAUGAAGACCAUAAAACCUUAUUCGUUUCACAGA